AUGGCGGCGGUACUGCAACAGAUACUGGAGCGUACUGAGCUCAACAAACUCCCCAAACCUGUCCAGAACAAGCUGGAGAAGUUCUUUUCGGACCAGCAAUCAGAAAUAGAUGCACUCAAAGCCCGUCACGAGCGAUUUAAAGUAGAUAGUGAGCAACAAUACUUUGAGGUUGAGAAGCGACUGGCUCAGAGUCAGGAUAAGCUUGUGUCUGAAUCGCAGGACCGUCAUAGACUACAAGAGGAGCUCAAUAAGCAGAAUGAGGAAUUGAAGGCUAUGAAGGAGAAGAUUAAAGAAUAUGAAACAUCACAAGAGAGUUUUUCAUUAAAACAGAGUCAACUUACUAGAACUAAGGAUGAGCUUGAGGCUGAAAAACGGGAACUGGUCAGAAAACUUGAGAAAAGUUCCCAGGAGGGGCAACAUCUUGGUGAGGACCUGAGACGCUUGAAUACAAAACUUGCGGAAACAAAUACUGCAAAGAUGGAACUCCAGUUGAAACUUGAUGAACUUCAGUCUUCAGAGGUUUCGAUCAAGUACCGUGAAAAGCGACUGGAGCAGGAGAAGGAGCUGUUUCAGAGCCAGAACACCUGGCUAAACGCUGAGCUGUCCGCCAAGACUGAUGAGCUGCUUUCUGUCUCCCGUGAGAAAGGAAAUGAAAUCCUGGAGCUUAAAUGCAACCUGGAGAACAAAAAGGAUGAGGUUACCAGACUGGAAGAGCAAGUGAGCACCCUAAAAGCAUCCAACGAGAACUUCCAGAAUCAAGUAGAGGACCUGAUGGCCAAAUUGAAAGAUGCAAAGGAACAGCAGGCCAGCAUGGAAGAAAGGUUCCGCAAUGAACUCCAUGCACAAAUCAAACUUUCUAAUCUGUAUAAGAGCUCUGCAGCAGAUUCUGAGUCCAAGGCUGGUGAGCUAACCAGGGCAGUGGAGGAGCUCCACAAGCUGCUAAAGGAAGCUGAAGAAGCCAACAAAGUGACUGAACAACGGCAGACAGAAAUAGAGGCCUCCAAAGAAAGCAUGGAAGCAGAGCUAAAAGAAAAGAUUGUUAAUUUGGAGAAAGAGCUGGACAAUGCCAAUGACCUGCUUUCUGCAUUUAAACGGAAAGGUGUGGCUGCACUUACAGAGGAUGAGUUGACAACAAUGUCUCCCACUGCAGCAGCUGUAGCAAAAGUAGUAAAACCUGGAAUGAAAUUGACAGAGCUCUAUAAUGCCUAUGUGGAAACUCAGGAUCAGUUGCUGUUGGAAAAACUGGAGGUCAAACGUGUUAACAAGUGCCUGGAUGAGAUUGUACAGGAAGUUGAGGCCAAGGCUCCUAUCCUGAAACGCCAGCGUGAGGAGUAUGAGCGCAUGCAGAAGUCUGUUGCCAGCCUUUCUGCUAAACUAGAGCAGGCUAUGAAGGAAGUUCACAGACUCCAGAAAGAUAGUGAUGAGGCCAACAAGCGUUCCUCUGUGCUGGAGAGGGACAACCAAAGAGCUGAGCUCCAGCUGACUGACAUGUCUCAACAGAUUAGAGUUUUGCUGAUCGAGCUGGAGGAGGCAAGAGGGAACCAUGUGAUCCGCGAUGAUGUUGGUGAAGAGGUGAGCUCUGCUGACAUCAGCAGUACCUCUGAGGUCAUAUCUCAGCGCCUUGUCACCUACCGCAAUAUUGAGGAACUGCAGCAGCAGAACCAGCGCCUCCUAGUGGCAUUGAGAGAACUUGGAGAGGCACAGGAGAAGGAAGAGCAAGAAACCACAUCUUCAAAGGUUGCAGAGCUGCAGUUGAACUUGGAGAAAGCUCUAAGUGAGCUGGAACGACUUCGGGACGGCCGCAAUCACCAGAUGCAGCUGGUGGAGUCCAUCGUACGCCAGCGAGAUAUGUACCGCAUCCUGCUGGCACAGACCACAGGAGUCUCCUUCCCUAUGCAGAGUGUUUCAGAAGAGAUCGCUCUGACCUCCACUCCUCGACGCUCUCCUGGAGUUACUCCAACAGUGUCCACUCCAGCUCAGAUGUCCACGUUACAGUCAACUGAAUUGGUCGAAGCCAGGGCAGCACUUAAACAGCUACAAGAAGUAUUUUCAAUGAACAAGAAGGAGAAAGCUGAAAAUGAUAAAAUCCUCAAUGAACAUAGCGAGAAGCUGCAAGAGCAAGUCACUGAACUGCGUUCUCAGAACACCAAAAUAUCCACCCAGUUGGAGUUUGCUUCCAAGCGUUAUGAGAUGCUGCAGGAUAAUGUCGAUGGAUACCGACGUGAGAUUGCAUCAAUGAGGGAGAAGUGUGAAAAGCUGUCCGCCACUACCCAGAAACAGGAGCAGAUCAUCCACACCAUGACCCAGGAUCUCCGUGCUGUCAAUGAGAAGCUGGCUGUAGCCGAGGUCAGAGGUGAAAACAUUAGAAAGGAAAGGGAUAUGCUGAAGAUGGUGGAAUCAAGGCUUUCUCAAGAGAAGGAAUCUAUUCUUGCAGAACAGAGGGGACAGAACCUUCUGUUAACUAACCUCCAGUCCAUUCAGGUGACGCUGGAUCGCUCUGAGACGGAGACCAAACAGCGAUUUAACAACCAGAUUGAGAAACAAGAGAGGGAGAUAAUCCAGCUAAAAAAGAAACUGGAAUAUGAGGUGGAGCAGAGACACUUGCUUGGCAGAAACCAGGAUUUGCAGCUGCUAGAAGCUAAGAAGGAGCUUGAAACACAAGGAGCCAUGCACCUCCAAACCAAGGAGCUGCUGAAAAAUGCAGAGAAGGAGAUUGCUACACUGAGACAGCAGAUCAGCAAUGCUGAAUCCCAGCUAGCAUCACAGGUGUUGCAGGGAGCUGGUACUAAAGGACCCCAGGGUGCAGAGAAGGACUUUGAGGAUCUUUGCACUCGCCUCAGGCAGGCAGAGGAACAGAACAAUGACCUGAGGGAGCGCCUGAAAACAUCCACCAGCAAUGUAGCGCAGUACAGGUCCAUGGUGCUUAGUCUGGAGGAGUCUCUGAACAAGGAGAAACAGGUAACUGAUGAAGCUCGCACCACUAUUGAGGCUCGUCUGAAAGAGUCUCGCGAGUAUCAAGUACAGCUGGAGAAGAAACUGGUUGAAGCAGAGAAGGAAAAACAGGAACUGCGGGAGGAGAAGCGCAAAGCCAUUGUGAAUCUGGAAGAGCAGAUGUCUGAGCUGAAGAAAAACCUGACCAACAUCCAGGCAGAGCUCCAGGAUGCCAUUCAGAGGGCAGCUGUAGCCUCUUCACAUGAGCAGACGGCCACCCAGGACAGCCAGCUGCAGGCUAAGCUAGCUGCGGAGUCCCAGAAUAAGUAUGAGCGUGAGCUGAUGCUGCAUGCUGCUGAUGUGGAGGCCCUCCAAGCAGCUAAGAAACAGGUGUCUCAGACCUCCCAGAUGCGGCAGGAGCUGGAGGAGAAAGCACAGAGAGCCCAGGCACAACUUCUGGAGGGCAAGAUAUCCUGGGAGGAGCAAGAAAGGAUACUGAAGGAUGAGGUGUCCAAGCUGGCAUCUCGUUGUGAGGAUCUACAGAAGCAAAACAAUCUGCUACAUGAACAGGUAGAAAGCCUAGGCAAUAAGAUGGUGGCCUCUGUACAGCAAGUUACCCAAGAGAGCAAUCUGAACAUCUCCCUGAGUGAGGAAGGAAAAUCCCACGAGCAGAUCCUCGAGAUUCUCAGGUUUGUCCGCCGGGAGAAGGAGAUUUCGGAGACCAGGUACGAAGUGGCUCAGGUGGAGAGUUUGCGUCACUGCCAGCGAGUUGAGCACCUGGAAAGGGAGCUUAAGGAGCUGCAGGACAGUCUGAAUGCAGAGCGGGAGAAAGCACAGGUCACAGCUAAGACUCUAGCUCAGCACGAUGUGCUCAUGAAGAAGACUGAUUCCAUGAACGUCCUUGUGGAGACUAAUAAGAUGCUACGGGAGGAGAGGGAGAGGUUGGAGCAGGAACUUCAGCAGACACAGGCUAAAGUGCGCAAGCUGGAGGCAGAUAUAAUGCCACUACAGGAAUCCAAUGCAGAGCUGAGUGAAAAAAGCGGGAUGCUUCAGGCUGAGAAGAAGCUGCUGGAAGAGGAUAUCAAACGCUGGAAAACUCGCACACAGCACCUGCUAAGCCAACAAAAAGAUGCUGAUCCUGAAGAGUACAAGAAGCUCCAUUUGGAGAAGGAGGCCCACCUGAAGCGCAUUCAACAGCUGACUGAAGAAACUGGCAAACUGAAGACUGAAAUUGCAAGGUUGCAUGCAUCCGUGUCCACAGCACAGAGCCAAGUCAGUAGUCUGAGGGAGAAUCUUGGUAAGGUCUCUACUGAAAAAGAGACACUGCAGAAGGAUCUAGAGGCUAAAGCACUGGAUAUCCAGGAGAAGGCAAAGACCAUCACACAGGUGAAGAAGAUUGGCCGCAGGUACAAGACUCAGUAUGAAGAGCUCAAAGCACAACAUGACAAGUUGGUCACUGAAGCUGCUGCUAAGCCCGUCAUUGAGCAAGAGGCCCAGCAGGCAUCUGCCCAAGAAAUUCAGGAUCUAAAAAAUACUCUUGGCCAAGCAGAGACUAAAGUCAAGGAGCUGCAGGGAGAGGUUGAAAGUUUGCAGAAGCUGGCUAGCAAGCGUGAGGCGGAGGUGAAGAGCGUCCAGGAGCAGCUCUCCAAACUGCAGCCAGAGUUGAGCCGACUGCGCCAGGACCUUCAGGAGAAAUCCGCCCAGGAGGAGCAGCUGCGCCAGCAAAUGACAGAGAAAGAGGAGAAGACCAAGAAGGCAUUCAUGGGGGCAAAGCAAAAGAUAAACCAGCUGAUUGGUGCCAAGGAGCAGCUGUCGAAAGAGAACGAUGAGCUGAAGCAGCACAGGGAGGAGCAGGAGGUGCGAAUGAGUGCCCUGAAAUCCCAGUAUGAAGGCAGGAUCUGCCGUCUGGAGAGAGAGCUUCGUGAUCAGCAGGAGAGGCACCAUGAGCCAAGGGAUGAGCCCCCGGAAACACCCAGCAAGGCUCAAGAACAGCAAAGGCAAACUGAGCAGAGGCAAAUCUCACUGAAAACCACACCUGCCUCUGUUGAUAGGGGGAGUGCUAGCUCUUCAGAGCCACCUACAGCCAACAUUAAGCCCACUCCUCUGGUUCCAACUCCUAGCAAAGCAGCUGCCAUUCCUGGUAACAAGUCCACUCCGAGAGCCAGCAUCCGUCCAAUGAUCACCCCACCAACCACCACUCCCACAGCCACCGUCAUGCCAACAACUCAGGUGGAGACCCAGGAAGCCAUGCAGUCUGAAAGCCCAGUGGAACAUGUCACUGUGUUUGGCAGUGCCAGCGGAUCAGUUCGCUCUACAAGCCCCAAUGUUCAGACUGCCCUGUCCCAGCCCAUUCAUACAGUGCAACAACAGAAUCAAGCCACAGCCUUUGUACAGCCCACCCAGCAGAGCCUGCCACAGAUCGAGCCAGCCAGUCAGGAACCAGCCCCAACCCCAGCCCCCUCACCCGCCAUGGUGGAGGCAGUGCAGAGCACCCAAGUCGACAGGCCUUCCACCUCCACUGCUGUUUUCGGAACAGUUUCAGCUACACCCGGCUCUUCAUUGUCCAAGCGUCCUCGUGAAGAGGAAGAUGAAAACACAACUGAUGUCACAGAGCCAGUGCAGGAGGAAACUGGUGAUCAACCUCUUCCAAAGAAGCUGCGAAUCAUUCAGAGAGUUGACCCUGAGGAGGAGGUCAUAGCAGAGAGCACUGAUAUUGAAAUAGAAACUCCAGCAGAAGGCCAGGAAUCCCAAGAAUCUGCACAGCUGGUUAUUGAAGAGGUGUACACUCCCCUAGAGGACAGUGAGGUGCUUUCACAUCCGUCUGUCCGUGUGGACAUGGUCUCACCUCUUACAGGGCAGCAGAACACCCAAGAGACUCGGGAGGAAAAGCAGCAUGAUGUCAUUGUGAUCGACACAGACAGCGACACAGAGGGGGAAGAGAAUGAUGAAGGAGAAGAGCAGGAGUACGAGGAGGACGAAGAUGAGGAGGAUGAAGAUGACACUGGGAUGGGAGACGAAGGGGAGGAGAGCAAUGAAGGAAGUGGGAGUGCAGACGGGAACGAGGCUUAUGAAGGAGAUGACACAGAGCAGGGCGCUGACGCGACAGACCCCGGCACAGAAAAUGAGGAGAGUCUAGGAGCAACCGAGAUGAGCCAAAGAGUGGCAGAUUCACAGGACAGCGUUAUGUUUGUUCUGUCAGGCGAAGGCAGCAGCAGUACCACCGAGUCCCCCUUCUCUAGUGAGCCACCCAGAGAGCCACUGCAGCCAGCUCCGAACAGCACUGACAGACCAGCCCCUCUGCACCCUCAGUCGCCACGGAGACACCUGCACUCCCUGCCACCCAGUCUGACCAUACAGGCUCCACAGGUGCACAACGCUACUGAGCACUCGCAAGCCAAGAAAUAACAUUCAAGCUUCUCUUUUGUAACCACUUCCUUCAGUUUAUACUGAAGACCAGAUUUUGCGUCUCCCUCCCCCCCAUUGAUUAAAACUGCAGUGUGUAACGUUUCAUAUUUCUAAUUGGUAAUUUUUUAAGCUUGGUAAUUUUGAAUGUUGUAAACAAAACUACAAUCAAAACCUUUUAUAAAACCAAUAGGGCAUGUGCCUGGGACAGAUUUAUUGUCGCUUUCAAUCAUUCAUAAAUAUUGAAACUGUUUUGAGGAUUUGCAUGAAAACAAGGUGUCGGCAUAAUAAUUGCCUCCUUUAUUACUCCUCUGAGGGCAAAGAUUUGGUGGCUGUGGAAUCCCUUAGGAGGGAAAGAUGAGCUUAUUUACCAGGCAGAUUGGGGAGUAUUAUAAUGCAGCUGCUUGUACAUGUACAGUAAACUGGAAAUGUUCAGUCUACAUUGCUGAUGAUCUGGCAUUUUUACAAAGCACACAGAUAUAACAUCAGUUAUAUGGAAUUGAUUGAGGUAAUUUAUUAACCACAGUUUUUAAUAUGAUUUUGUUAAUCUUACCUAUGGCAAAUGUGAAUCUGUUCUACUAAGUUGAGAUGUAAUUAGAGCUGGGAAAAAUAUCAGAUUAUUUGAACAAAUAUUUUUUGUCAUGUAUUCCGAUACAAAAUUCAGAUGUUCAUGUUCGCUAGAAAUUACAAAAAUAACUUGCACUUAUUUACCGCUACAGUUUCAAACAUGGCAAAUGAAAAAGAGCUCUGUGUGACAUGCGUUUAAAAAUAAAUAAACAAACACAGGAAUCAACACAGCAGCUCUAUUUAAAAGUUUUUGACUGCAAAAAGUAAAACCAGAUUAUGCGCGUGCAAGCAUAGUGCUCUCUAUGGAAAGCUAUCUGGGUCAAGAAAGUGUGCUUCUUUAGGGUGAAUUAGAAUCUCAUGACAGAAAAAAAGGCAAGCACGUUAUUCUGAAAUAACUCGCUUAAACAGUGGCCAAUGUGUUGUAACUGUUGUAUAGUGAUUUUUAUAUAGAUUGUAUAUAUUAUAUAUUUUUCGUUGCUACUUUAUGUGGAAUGUAAUAAAACCUUAAUUUUACAAUGCCAUUUCCACAUUGUUUUAUUUGAAGUGUUUAAAGUUAAAUUUAAAGUUUGUUUGUUUUCAUUCAGCUACAAUAAGGCACAAGUAAACAUGUUACUUUAUGAAAAUAUGUCUAUGGCCACUGUUUACUGUGAAGAAAUGACAAGGAAUUACAAAAAAAAAAUUCUGACAUAGGUCGUGCUAGCCUUUUUAAAUAUGUGCAUUUGUAAAAAGCAUACCAUCUCAAAAUCUCUGUUUUCAACCAUAACAUCGGCAUAUUGCAUCAACAUUAGUUAUAUUUUUCAAUGUAACAAAGUUAACAUGCAAAACAGUACACGGUAUAAAUGGUAGAAAAAGACAGACAAGCUUACCAUGAAACAUUUUCCUUUGAAAAGGCCCAUUCACGACUUAAAUCAGUGUUGUGUAACAUGUACCAAUGUCUCUGCAGGUAGCUGUCAACAUAACUAUUUUACAGUUUUGCUGUUUUUAAAAGUUCUUGAAAUGUUCCUUUUAGCACCCAAGUCAAAUGACUUGUGCUCUUUCCAAAUCAAAGUCUUAAUUCUCAGGAGCUUCCAUUGAAAUUGUCAUGUUUUAGAUGAUCAUCACUUAAACGAGUGUUUGCUGGUCUGCACUGUGCUCUGACAGCUAAAUCCCUGUUCUGCUGGUACACAAGAUACAGGUAUUGUAAUUGUAAUUGCUGCAAGUUGUGUGAAAGCAGGAAAGAUGUUGGAAUAGUUCUGCAGGCCUCAUCCAUAGUCUUAGCCAUGAUUUUUUGAGUAUUUUACUUGUCCAAAUUCUUGGCUGAGUGUCAACAGGUAAGAUGCUGUGAUACAGAUUACUGAGUCACUCUAAUACCAGGGAUGUGUGCAGUGCUACAUAGGAUACUGAGACCUCCACUGCUGUUAUUUUUAUUUUUAUUUUUUAUUUUUUUAAAAGAGGAUGCAGGGAGCAGUGGAACCAUUUUUACACGUUGCAUUGCAUAAAACUACUUCAUGAUAUAAACAAAAGUAUUGGAUAGGGAUGAAAAGGGCAUCUCAUUUCUUUCACAUCUGUGUUUUAGAAACGCACUGCUGUUAUUUUUGUUGUGUGUGUUUUUAUUAAUGUCCUGCGUGUAUAACACAGAAUUCUGUGUAAACGUGACCUCUGGUGUCAACUUUUAUGUACUAUUUAUUUUGGGAAUAAACAAAACGUUUAACUUGAA